AUGAAUGGUUUGUCCUCGUUCUUCCUUGUUCUGGCUUUUAGUUUGGUGGCGGAUUCCAAGAAGCUGAUCUACUACACCACCGACGAUGGCACCAACGAAGGGACACCCCGUGUGUUGGACGCUUGCAAGAACGCCGGAGUGUCUAUCACUUUCUUUGUGAAUGGAAACACAGUGGACACCGGAAUCUGGGGUCCUGGUAACUCUGGCAAGAACCGGGGGUACAUGCAACGAAUCGUCAAGGAAGGCCACACCAUUGCUGACCAUUCAUUUGACCACAUGCGUCACAACUCCGCUGAGAGCUACGCCACCCCUCAUAAUGCCUAUCAGUCUGAAUCGGAUGUGGAGUGGUUCGGUUACAAGAAUGCGUUCAGUACCGUGGAUGCCCUGGUCAGCCAAUCCAUUUCCCACGUGGCCAUCACUCGAGCGAGCCGCACCAUGAUGAGUUUGAUCCGUAUGCCGUUCACCAACAACUGGAGGGUGAAGAUGACCAAUGGACAUGGGGAUAUCCAUUUUGACUGCGUCUUUUGUACCACUCCCAUCACUUCCGGACAAAUGGGCGUCAAGAUUGCCGACCGACUCUUUGCUAAUGGCGCUCAAGUGUACGGAUGGGAUACCGAGUGGCAUUCUGGAUGGGGUACCGGCCUUUCCGAGAGUCCCGAGACCAUGAUGGCCACUGUCCGAGCUUUAGUGAACAAUAGUGACAAGGUGGGCGAGUCCGGCAAGGUGGUGAUCCUCAAUCACGACCAUGGCUUUAUUGGCAACACUGAAGCCCAGCGCUCUCUUGAGAAGUUCUUUUUUAUGGCUAUGGCCGAAGGCUUCGAAUUCCGAACCUUGGAUACUUACCAUGAGGACUAA